AUGACCAGCAUCUACCAUUGGGUCAUGGAUCCAAGGCUUUUGAAAGAUCUUGUGAUAUGUGCAAAGUUUUCUAGAAGAUAUGACCCUUGCCUUCAUGUUUGCACACCAUAUGGAAGAAUCACAUACAACAUGGAAAAUUGGUUAAGGAGGUUUGAUGCUAUCGUAUCGGCAGAUGCAUUUGAGAAUCUGAAGCCUGCUCCUGAUAUUUUUUUAACUGCAUCAAAAAUUCUGAAUGUGCCCACUAGUGAGUGUAUUGUUAUUGAAGAUGCAUUAGCUGGAGUGCAAGCUGCCAAAGCGGCACAGAUGAGAUGUAUAGCUGUGACGACAACAUUAUCAGAAGAUGCUCUAAAAAAAGCUGGUCCUUCACUUAUCAGACAGGAGAUAGGAAAUGUUUCACUUGAUGACAUUCUCACAGGGGCCUCUGGUUCUCAUAGGGAUGAUUACAUCACCAUUAUUCUCCUCAAAAUUAUUUGCUUGGGUUGUGAUGAAAAGAAACAGGCCCAAUUUGUUAACUGUUCUGCACAGGCACCGUCAACAUUGCUCAAGGACCAAGCCGAGACUAGUCUGUUGCCAGAUACAAAUUCUUCCAAAGAUGUGGCCUUCUCAGUUGGAGGAUUGGAUUUGAGGGCAAUAAUAUGGACAGGCAUGGUUUUGGCUGAAUAUUAUCUGGUUUCACUGCAACCAUGGGUUAUGGAUAAACCAGAAUGGAAAUGA